GUUUGUUUCACAGCCUGUCUGUGUAUUUGGUUAUUUGUAUCUGUGUGUGACCUGAGUCUGUGUGUGACCUUUCUGUGUACUGUGAUCCCAGUGGAGCGUUUCAAUCCCUUGGAUGGGAUGUGGUAUGCGUGUACCCCUAUGCUGACCCCUAGAGAGAACGCGGGCUGCUGUGUGUACCUGGGACGUCUCUUCGUGGCCGGAGGAAGAGAUGAACUCAACCUGGAGCUCAGCGCUGCAGAGAAGUUUGAUCCAGACGCUCUGAGUUGGACCCCCGUCAAACGCAUGAGAUGCAAGAGAAACAACAUGUCUCUGAUGGUGUUCAACGGGUCGUUGUUGGCUGUGGGAGGCUCUGAUGGCAUCACCAAUCUGAAAACAAUAGAAGUCUACAACCAUGAGUCAAAUACAUGGAGACACUUUGGGAGCAUGAAGACCAAACAUCCAGGAGGCCACGUUGCCAUGUUGAAGACCAAACACAGUUACAGCCUGUAACUGGAAAUUAUAAUGUUGCUGGACAAUAGCAUAUGGAUUUAUUAUAUAGAUUUGUAUACUGUGUAUGUCCAUGUCGAAAUAGUACUGUAAUCCCCCGUAUAGUAUGUAAACAUGCAUGGCUAUUUAUUUCACUUUUAUUUUACCCAGAAGUCUUUCCUAAGAAACGAAACUAUGCACCAGGAGUGUCAUGCACCCAUUAUUUUAGAGGGGGCACGAAGUACAUGAGGAUGGAGGGGGCGUUGUCCAGGUUGGAGAAUUUAGCAUUUUUUAAACACCAAAAAUAGCUUUAACCUGCAAUCUCGCGCCAUAAUCAUUAUGACUAAUUCUAUGUAAAAAAAUAAAUUUAAAAAAAUGAAGUAUAUUUUUAUGCAUAGGUUAUCUAAGCAUACCUCUUUACCUGUUCAAUUGUCAUUUUAAUUAAUGAUGCACUGAUUCUUCAACUCCUCAGGGCUACGUGGGACGCUACCGUCCCACCUGCGGGACACACUAUUCAACAGCCAGUGAAAUAGCAUGGCGCAAAAUACAAAACAACAAAAAUCUCAUAAU